UCACCAAACUGUAUAAAAAGUGUACAAUUUAGGUGAUCUGUGGCUUAUAUUGACGUGACCCCCAGUACUGGACAUGUAUUCUUCUGGAACAACAAGAAAAUCGUUUACCCACGUGUAAUACACCUCCAACUAUUGUUCUAUAUGAAGAUUAAAUUCAUAUGACGUACACCGUCACGGAUUACAAUCGCACAAAUAAGUAUUUAAAGUACUAUAGAGCACUCUGCUGGCAAUAGUACGCAUUGUACUUACUCGAACAAAUUAUUGGAUUCUCCAAACCUCACAAUAACAGUACAAUUGAGGUUCUCAUUCACAGAUUUAAUUUGCAGUCUUGAAACGUAGUGCCCAUUUAAUUUCUGCUACACUUUUGACGCCGGGCGAUAGUUCGCCCCACAAAUUUUGUAUGCGGUUAUGUAGGUACAUGUAUGUGUGAUUUUGCGUUUCCGUUGAUACAGCGAGACGUGUGUCGAGUUUAGGCUACGUAUAAUGGACUUCGCGGAAUAGACUGACGUUUGAGUUUAGGUAUGGAUCGAACUAAAACGCUAGAAGACAAUCUAAGGGAAGCAUCCUGUAUUGGAGACAUUGAAGGAGUAGAAGAAUUAUUAAAGAAAGGGACUAAUGUUAAUGCCAAGCAUGAUAUUAAUGGAUGGACUCCCUUGCAUUGGGCAGCAAAACGAGGGCAUAAGGCAAUUGUCAGCAUGCUACUUACAAAUGGGGCAGAUAUAACAGCUGUUACAGCAAAAGGAGAGACACCUGCAGAACUUAGCAAUAAUCCUGAAGUUCAUAAACUAUUAGGAAUGGAACUUGGAGGAACUACAAUUUCAGCUGAAUCCAGUCCAAAUCUUCCUAUUACACCAUAUUAUUUGAUACAUCAGCCACUGAAUGGAAGAGUGGAUGUUUGUACAUCAACAUCAAUAAGGAGGAAUAUGGAAGAGGCACAAAAACACUGCACACCAGUUAUAAGUUCUGCUGUUAAACCAGGCCCCCAGACUGGAGGUUCUACUCAGAAUGAUGAGCUAGUAUUGAAGAUACGUGCUGCCAAUUCUGGUGACCCGGACUUCAUUGAAGUAGAACUUCCAAGAACUGAACUCUCAUAUUCCCGACUGCUAAGAGUAUGCUGUGAAGAGUUGGGUAUUAGUGCUAAUCAGAUCGUACGUGUCCGUAAGCUUCCAGACACACUUGUGCGUAAGGACAAAGAUGUACAACGAUUUCAGGACUUCCAGGAAAUUGAAGUUGUGGUUGCAGCAUCAGCUGGAAAGAAUAAGAUUGUACCUGGAACCAAUGGCCUCAUUAGUGCUGGAGGAAUGGGUGGAGGAAAUAUCAAUGGUUAUCAGUCUAUAUCUCUUUACAAGAACCAAACAAUCCUGUAUUAGGCUCAUUUGCAUCAUUCUCCAGAAUAGGUAUGUUGAAUGAAGAAACAGUACUGGAAUUGAAAAGUUAACAAAUUCACAUAAUUCUCUAAUUUCUAUGUACUUUGAAAGUACUCUUCAUCUAUGUGCCAUACUAAAUGAAGAAGUGUGUAAAACCUGGAAGUUCUGUGACAUGAUAUAACUAACAUAUUUUACUGCAUAGUAAAGUUGAUCAUAAAUGUCAAUGAAAUUACCUUUUGCCAAAUUGUUAAAAGUGUUAUAUCAGUUUUAUUCAUACAUUAUGUAGGGACUGAGGCUUACAUCUGUGAAUAAUCUUAUAUUGAAUACUCUUAAUUUUCCACUACUUACAGUCACUGAAUAUUCACAUUCUUAUAAGGUUGGGAAACUGUUGGAAGUGUCACGAUGGAAACAGUGAGAAAACAAAAGGGGAUGACUGAAAAGUCAAUGUGUACCUUAAAUCCAUUGGAAUGCUUUGGUAUUGGAAGUGUUAAAGACCACAGUUUUGUUAACAGUGUUGGUUACAAUAUAGCUUACUUUACUGUAUUCUGCUUACAGUAAGUAUUCUAAUCACUUUUUAUUUACCUUUAAAAUGUAGAUAUCUGUGAAUGUUACCACAUGAGAGGUCUACAUAAUCUUUAUAAAUACAUACAUGUUAGAUAUGAAGAGCCACUGUAUCAAAAAUGUCUCAUCCCAUAAAAUUAAUGUGUGAACAAAAUGUUUCUUAUCUGAGUUCUACAGAAUUUUUGCAGUUUUAAUGAAACAUUGUCAGUAAUUCUGGUAUCUGAGUAAAAAGGUAUACAUAACUGGCCAUUAUGGUUCUGAUGUAUUAUUUUAGGCUUGUAAUAUGUUUAUACAACUUUAUUAAUGAAUAUAAGAGAUUUUUUAUAGUUGAAAUUGAAGAUAUAGUUAAAGUGGCAGUCUAAAAGCAUAUUACCUUUGAAUAUGAUCAUAGUUUUUCCAUAAUUUCUAUUGCAUCACUAGUUUGUUGUUCUUUUCUUCUCCAUCUUCUAUUUCUUUCUGUUUCUUGUUUUUCCUCUUAACAAAUUUCAGUUUCUUCUUCUCAGGCUCACCAUUUGGCUUGCUAGUAGCCUGUAAAUUAUGUACAAAUAAGGAAAUAUGAGACUCAUAUAGAAUAAAAACAACUCUAAUUUACAAAGGUUCUGUUUGAAACCAAUAAAAAUAAAGUUUGUCUUCAACAUGAACUUUUUACAAAGGAGUUCAUGAUUGUCUCUUACUUUUAUGAAUGAUAUUAUCAAUUAUAAACAUAAUUUCUCACUGCAAAUGUUAUCAGUAAUUAAAAAACAGAAUAAAACGUGCAUCACAUUUCUUACUAACAUUCAAUCCACAGCAUGGGGAUAAUGGACGAUACUCUUUAACAUCGAAUGCAUAUUCUGUAAUGACUCAAGUCACAAACUGUACGUCAUUUGAAGGUUAAAAACAAGAAUAAAGUAAUUGAACAAUA